GCGUGGAGGCGAACAGUACAGGCUGGACGGUAGAAGCGUUGUGUCGUGUUUUGCUCGUUACUCCGCGUUCGUUUGGCGUUCGAAUUUUAUUUUUCUGUGGGAUUUAACUGCACCGAUUUGGUUGGAAUAAAUCACGGUUUGCGGUGGUGGUGAUCUACCGGGAGUUAAUAUCUCAUCGUCGACGGGAAGAAAGUUUUUUUUUUUCGAUCGGAACGGUUCGUCAUCGUAUGCUGCGACACUGGGAUUACGUCACGGAUCGUUACAGUAGUGGGAAGAACAAUUUCCAGCAGCAAAGACUGGGAAAGUCACUAGGGAAAACAGUUUGUGCUUGGUUCAAGUGCAGAAGUGAACAUCCCGGAAAACGGAAAUGAGCAUACCGAGCAAGGAAAUUUAUGGUGGAAAUUAGAUUAUCUUUCGGAGGAGGGAAGACGAAGCAUUAGAGUGAAGUGAGUGUUCAACAAAUGUGGGAGAUUUUUGUUUGCGGAAGCGAAGAAUAUUGGAGUGUUCGGUUCAGUGCAUAUCAUCAGAUUGAGUAGCAUCCAGUCAGUUGUGUGACGUAUGGUAACUCGUGCAAACAGCUCAGAAAACAGAAACGCAGAAACGCUUGUUACACGUCUUUCCUCGUGCAUGGUUGAAUUGUAUUUGUAUACAAAUCUCUGAUUCUCCAGACGCGCGCGCGAGGAAUGUUUUGACGCAAACUCGGAAGAAGCUGAAGCGAAACGUGAAUCAAGAAAGACACUGUUAUAAAUAAAAUUGCGAUUUAUAACGGAGCGGAUUUUUCCGUCGGAGUUUAUCUCGAGGCCUGCAAUCGAUCAUUUUUUUUUCGACGGCCACAAACCCGGGGAAGUGGAAAAUGCCCAAACGGCGACUGGCGAGCGUGCGAUAAUUGACGAUUUGACAGUUCGCAGCUUCAAGGUAACCGCGAGAAUCCCUUCGUCCAGGACGUCCGGGAGGAAUCGCGCGCGCCCGAGGGGACUAUUAUUUAUUGAACUCUUGCGAGCUCCAAAGCGAGAAAGACGAAGGAGACGAAAACGGCGACAAGGGCAAAAGGAAAACCUGCCAAAAACAAAAGGUUCACAAUCAUCGUUCUUGGACAUCGGUGGACACAGUGCAGUGGUGUGGUACGCGAAGCAUAAGUGAAGCAUAAGCGAAGUAGAUCGGACCGAGCAGAUCUUCGUUUACCUCGAGAUCGAGGCCCCGGGAGGUGUUUGUGUGUCUGUAUGCAACGGCAACCGGCACCGGGGAGCGGAGAACAAUUCCUACCUUUGCAAGCGUUGGGACGAGACUUGGUGCUGUUGCUGCUGCUGCUCUGCUCUCGGUUACGAGUCUAGAAGAGCCUGCCGAAAGGAGGAGCACAACGACGACGGAGGAACACAGACGCGCCCGAGGAAGAUCCAGACAUGGCGCCGAAAUACAGAAAAAAGAAGGCAAAUGCGCGCACCCUCCAAUGCUACUGUGAAGGACACUGUCCGGGAAACCUACAGAAUGGAACGUGCGAAACGCGCCCAGGGGGAUCAUGCUUUGCCGCCGUGGAGGAAGUGACCGAUGAGGAAACCGGACAAACCGUCCCGGAAUGGAGCCACGGGUGUAUGCCGCCGGAGCAAAAUGGCGGACUGCUACAGUGCAAAGUCGGCGUCCAAUCCCCGCAGAUCCACGGCAAAUCCAUCGUCUGCUGCGACGGCGAAGACUUCUGCAACAAGGACCUCCUGCCGGAAUACGUCCCGAAAACGACCACCCCUCUGCCAACGGCGAACAUUUCCGACCACAACGUCCACCACACGCUGGCCCUGCUGGCGUCCGUCAUCAUCUGCGUGGUGGCCUUUGCGGUGGUCGUCAUCGCUGCCUAUGUGAUGUUCAAGAAGCGCGAGAAGAGGAAACCGCACUGUUUGAUCGACUCGGUUUGUAAUCCGAACUUGUCGCCGCUGGCUGAUCUGGUGGAACAGAGCAGUGGAUCUGGGUCUGGGCUGCCGCUGUUGGUGCAGCGGACCAUUGCCAAGCAGAUCCAGAUGGUGCAUUCGGUGGGUAAGGGACGGUACGGUGAGGUCUGGCUGGCCAAGUGGCGCGAUGAGCGAGUGGCUGUUAAGAUCUUCCACACAACGGAGGAAGCUUCCUGGUUCCGGGAGACGGAAAUCUACCAGACUGUGCUGAUGAGACACGAGAACAUUCUAGGCUUUAUCGCGGCAGAUAUCAAGGGAACGGGAACGUGGACGCAGAUGUUGCUCAUAACCGACUACCACGAGUUGGGAAGCUUGUACGAUUACCUCCAGAAACGAGUUCUGAACCCACACAUGCUCAAGACCUUGGCGCUUUCUCUCGCUUCCGGAUUGGCGCACCUUCACACGGAGAUCUUUGGAACUCCAGGGAAACCAGCGAUCGCCCAUCGGGACAUCAAGAGUAAGAACAUCCUGGUCAAACGGAACGGCCAGUGUGCGAUCGCGGACUUCGGCCUGGCGGUCAAGUACUCCAGCGAAUCGGACGAGAUUGAGAUCGCCAAGAACACUCGCGUCGGAACCCGCCGCUACAUGGCACCGGAAGCGCUGAACGAAACCCUGGACGCCAACGUCUUCGAGAGCUUCAAGCAAGCGGAUAUGUACUCGCUGGGCCUGGUCUUCUGGGAGAUGGCUCGCCGAUGCAUCAGCACUAUCCGCGGCACGAAGAACACCACAUGUGAGGACUAUGCCCUGCCAUACCAGGAUGUGGUUCCGUCGGAUCCCAGCUUCGAGGACAUGUACGCGGUGGUGUGCGUGAAGGGUGUUCGGCCACCGAUCCCGCAGCGAUGGCAAGACGAGGAGAUUCUCGUGGUGCUGUCCAAGAUGAUGCAGGAAUGCUGGCAUCCGAAUCCGGCCGUCCGGCUGACGGCACUGCGGGUUAAGAAGACCCUGGUCAAGCUGGAGACAGACUGUUCGAUAAAGAUAGUGUAAGAUGGGAGAAACUCGGAAUGAGAGGAAGUGACGCGCGUGCGAUAGUUUGUGUGCGAGAGAUUCGAGAAUGUAGUGCGCUUUUUAUUUAUUCUACGGUACUGUUUUAUUUUCCGGAUUCGUCGUCUUCUUUGAAUAUAGACACCCUAGCCGUAAGUUUUACAACGUGUAGUACAUUAGCACUAGUUUUCGGUAAGCAUCUUUGUCCGUCUAGGACUAUUGUUGGAAUAUUAGUUGGAAGAGAAACAGGAAAAACAUGUUGCCAUAAUGCAUUCAAAUAAUUUCAAGAGAAACGAUAUGAGCAAAUUAAGAAAAAUGUAGCAAAAUAUGGGAGAAUCUGUAAUCUUCUCAAUCUCGAGAAGUGUCUGAAACAUCGUGUAAAUAAAAUUCUAGUUUUCUGAUUAAUGAAAUUGACAACACGUUCGCUAUAAAUCUUGUCUUCGUACCCUAAAAACACGGGAAACAUCUCUAUUUCUAUUCAGUUCUGAAUGUUAGUUUUCUUUUUGAUUUCUAACUCCAACCAAUGUAUGAAUUUAAGAACUCUUCCAAAAAUAUUUUCAGAAAUUUAUUCAAGUUUUUGCUUGGAAUAAUUCAUUCCGAAAUUGCUCUAAGCGUUUUUCCCGAUAUUCUAUAAAAAAUUCCUCUUUGAAUGCCAUUCCAGGCAUUUUCUAGUCCCUAGUGAAAUCCUUCCUAGGAAGUUCUGGCGUUUUUUUUUUUUUACAGAAAUGGAUAACCCAAACGUUUAUCCAUUUGUGCUCAAGACUUCUUCAAAAACAUGUUCCGAAAUUUUCUCCGGUAUUCCUUCUUCAAUUUACUCCGGAGUUUUUUUUUAUGGAUUCUUCCCGGAUUUCCCUAAGUUUUUACCCGAAUUCUCCUGGAGUUUCUUCGUAGAGGUUUUAUGGAAUUCCACUGUUUGUUCUGGGAUUUCUCUUGAGGUUCUCUUGAAAUUUUUUUUAGAAGUUUUCCCAAUAAACUCCUCUCAUUCCUCUUUUCCAAUACUUUCUUCAGAGGUGAUACUCCAUAACUUGCUCCCAGAAGUUUUGAAGCGAUUUUCAAGAAUAUGUCUUGCAAUUUCUCUGGAUGGAUCUCCCAGUAUUGAGCAGAUAUUCUACCGUGAUUUCCCCCAGAGAUUCUUCCAGAAUUUCUGGUAAAUUUCCUUCCUAUUAAGAGACCUUAAUGGUUUUCCCGGAACUUUUCAUAGUUUUUCUUUCAGAAUUCAUCGGAUUGUCUCUUGGGAUUUAUCUAGAUCAGCUACCUGAAACUUCUUCCAGAUUUCCCUGCGGGGUCCUGUCAGGUUUACUUCUACUAUCUCUCCCGGUAUUCCUCAGGCGAAAUACCGUUGUGGAAUUUCUAAUUACUCAGAAGUAAUUCCACUUUAAUUUUUGGAGAUAUCCCGAGAAUAACUCCGGGUUCAUGUAGAAUUAGCAAUUAGUUAAAAUACAAAAAAAUAACUCCGGGUAAACUUCAAGAAGAAUUUCGGGAAACAUCUUGGACAGAACUCCGUGAGCAAAAUCUCUUGAGUAACUUAACCCUUUGGAGCUGGAGGGGUCAAUAUGAUCCCGGCGAUGAAACCGCGCAUUAGAAACAUGUUCGAGGCCAGCGAUGUUGCAGCAGCGAAGACGAACCAAUCCGACUCCAAAUAGUUCAAGUAGAAAACCUGGAAUGAACCCCGCUAAAAACUUUGGGACAAAUCCCAGGAUAUUCACGGAAUAAAAACGAUAAUAUUAGGGAGAAAUAUUGGAGAAAUGCUCAGAGAUUCCGCAGGAGCAAUUAUCAGGAGGUAACUUUGGUACACAUCCAAAAGAAAUUUCAAAAGGAAUAGCAACGGAUUUUUUUAUUUGGAAUCAACAGGAAACUUCUCGAGAGAUUCAUUGAGAGGUAUCUCACGAAAGAUUUUUGAAGAAAUCCCGAGAGGAAUUACAAUAUAAAUCCUAGGAGGAAAACCGAAAGGAUUUCCGUAAUACCUCAUAACCUCUCAUAACCAUAAAGAAAAAUCUGGCAGAGCUUUCGAGAAAACCUUGGCAAAAACCUUAGGGAGGCAUCUCGGAACAAUAUUUGUAUUCAGAAUUCAGGGAGGAAUCCCAGAUACUUCUCAAGCGGGCCUCCUUAAGAUUAACUGGAAGAAGCCAUGCAGAAAUUCCUGCAUCAAUCUUAAAAGAAAUCCCAGUAGAAAUAAAAUUACAACAUCAAUCAGAAAAGUUCAGCACUGAAGAAAAAGAUUGUCGAACCGUGUUGUCAAAAAAUGUCUCUAGCUUUAACGUUUUCUUGUUUGUUUUUGUGAAGUGAAAAUGCCAUAUAGAUUGUUAAUUAAAGAUUUCACCAAAAUGUACGAUUGAAAACAAACGAAGAACAUAAAAACUUCAGCUCAGUGAUUCUAGAUAGAGAAAGUGAGAGUAUCGUUGUUGCCGUGUUGUUCAGCUUCUUCUGGAACAACACAGCCAAACAAGUGCCCCGAGAGAGAUUAAUAGUAUGCCUUAUUUUUGAAAAUCAAACGACGAUUAACAGAACAGCUAGGAGGCCUUAACUGUUUUACACUUUUUACUACGCUUUUUCAACAAAAAAUCCAACCCAACAAUAGCAAGAACUACACAAACAAACACUCAUACGCGUCCCUUAUUUUUACGAAGGGACCACGCUAUUCACACUCACCACACCGGAAAUGCUUCUGGUUCGGUUUCCCCGUGAUGGGAAACUUCCAUGCAAUGCAAUUCGAUGAUGGAAAUCAAGCAAACAAGUAAGCAAGCCGCCGUAAUAUAUAGUAUUGUACAUAGGAAACAAAAAAAUAUGCGUUUACACUGAUUCGAGUAGGUAAUUUUUACUGCGCUCUCCUAGUUUUAAGCGAAGAUUUCUUACUUUAGGUCUACUGUAAAUAGAAAACAGAAAAAAGUAUAGAAAAGCCUUAGGAAUAACUGUUACUGAAUAAAUGAAAAACAAAUAAUAAAAAAACGACGAAAAAAGUGUUUCUUAAGCAAAUUAACUCCGUGCAAAGGAUUGAGUAGUCUCCUCCAUGCGCGGCAUGGGGAUAUGUGGAUUUUAUUUUUAGACCCUAGUGUUUUUAUAUUAGAUGAAUGUUUAUGUCGUAUAUGAUGAUGGGAAUGCAGUGCGAAGCGAUGUGUUACACUGAAUAUGUUGAUAACAAUAAAAAUUCUAUAAAAAUUCAA